AUGGAGGGCGCACCAACAAGCUGUGGAACGGAAACUCAAAACCCAAGAUUUCGCCUUAUCGAGGAUUGCAGUAAAGACGUGGGGCCCGAGCCUAUCCAGGGCUCGGGAGGUCUACGCGCAGAGCUCCCUCCUUUCCCAGGCCCGUAUCGGGGAUAUAGGCCUCCGGGACUACCUGUUCAGGGUGAAAGUCCCGGAGGUCCGUACCCCCUAUUGCGAGUGCGGGAGGGGCAGGGAGACAGUGGAGCACUUGGUGGUUUGGUGCGCCGACCCGCCGUUACAAAGGCCGUGGGACGGCAGAGAGAUUCGGUCACAUCGGGACCUACAAACCGUAUUACGGGGAUAAGCUAUAAUACCUGUAAACCCUCGACGGCGGCGAGCGUUGUCCUCACCGGCUGCCGCAAGAUACAGCAGGGGCUUAGCUCGAGGAGGGGCAACAGGGGCCGACCGCGAACCUCGGGACCUCAAGGGCCUACGGCGGUGGAGAGAGCCGCGGGCACGGUCAUGCGCUGGACGGGGGGAACCGUUGAUACGAACAGGGUAGUAGAAGAGGCUUGGAAAGCCAGGUGGUUAAAGGAACGGGACGGCAGGGCAAUCACCAGGCCGGCAGACGACUUUGACCAUCAGCAGGAGACGCUAUUCCGGAACGAAACCCUAAGGAGGCACGACGGUCUCAGCAAGGCAAAGAGCUCACUGCUGAUUCAAAUCCGGACGGGAGCAAUAGGCUUACGGGACUUCUUGUUUACACGGGAAGUCCCGGAGGUUCUGACUCCUGCCUGCGAGUGUGGCGAGGGACGAGAGACUGCCGAACACCUGGUAGUGUGUAAGUCCGUGCACCCACCUCCCGGUCAGGCUACCAAUCGAUCAAAUCUUUCUCCCCCUGAUUCGGCACCUUCUCUAUUCCAAACCACCCAGUUCUACCAAAACAAGCUCAAAUUUAGCUCCAUUACUCUUAUUCAAAUUGUCCCUUCCAUGGCUUCAGAAGAUAACAUCCAGCAGGCAAUCCAAGCCGUCAGGGAUGGCCAAUCCAUCCGCAAAGCUAGCGAGGCAUGGGGAGUUUCCUUUUCUACCCUCCGGGACCGAGUCGUCGCCAACGCCCAACCGAAGGGACAGUACGAAGCACAGGUGAUGCAGAAGCUCAGCCCUGAUCAAGAAAAACACUUGGCCGACUGGGUUCUUGCCCAGGAAGCUCUAGGGCUUCCGGUGAAGCAUCGACAAAUCGAGGUCUUCGCUAACCGUAUCCUCCGUGCCUCUGGAUCUGACCAGACUAUCGGUGAACACUGGCUUCAGAAGUUCAUCGGAAGAUAUCCAGUUUUAAAGACAAAGAAAGAUAGACGUAUGGAUAUCAAACGGUUGGAUGCAGCUAGUACUGAUGUUAUCAAGGCCUGGUUCCAUCUCGCGAUCCCAGUCAUCCAGACAAUUGACCCGCAGGACCGUUGGAAUAUGGAUGAAACAGGGAUAAUGGAAGGUCUGGGAAUCAACGGCUUAUGCGUUGCAUUAUCGGAGACGAAGGAAGCGUUGUCGAAACAUCCCGAGUCCCGGAUCUGGACAACCAUUAUAGAGUGCAUCUCAGCAACCCGAAAAGCUCUCCCACCGUUAGUCAUCUUCAAGGGGAAAGACAUCCAACAACAGUGGCUCCCUGAUAACGACCAAGACCUUGAUCCAUUACGCAACUGGCGGUUUUCGACGAGUCAGAAUGGCUGGACAUCUUAUGAUAAUGCCCUCGAGUGGCUGACAAAGAUGUUUUGUCCGACGACGGCGACAUCGAAGAAGAGGCUCCUUAUUGUUGAUGGCCACGGUAGCCACGAGACUGACGACUUCAUGUGGACCUGUUUUUCCAACAAUAUCUACCUCCUCUUCUUACCUGGACAUGCCUCCCACGUUCUACAGCCCCUCGACCUGUCGGUUUUCUCUCCGUUGAAGACCACUUACCGCCGUGGUAUCAACGACCUCACUGUGAUGACAGACUGUGCCCCCAUUGGCAAGAGGCUCUUCUUACGGUGUUAUGCGCAAGCCAGGAAGGAUGCCAUCACAGAAAGGAAUAUCCGAAGUGGCCGGAAGGCAUCAGAAUUGUGGCCAGUCAACCUAGACAAACCUCUGAUGACUCGUCUACUGUUGAACCCAGCCAGCCAGCCAGCCAGUGACCGUCGGCUAAUCAAGACUCCAAACCGCAGCCAGGAGGUCCACAGAUUGAUAUCAACAAAUGUCCGUCUACGACGACUGCAAACAAUAGAUAGACCCAGUGGCUAG